AUGCCACUACAAGAAACACCCCCAAACGUCAUAUCUUCAAAAUCUCCAAUUAAAAAAAUUGUAACAAAUGAAAGGAAAAGAGGACCAACAACUCCAAUAAAACCAAUUUACAACCCAACUUCUAAAAGAAGGAUAGAAGAAUUACCACCAUCAUGGGAUUUAGAAAAAGAGAAUUGUCAUCAUAUACAAUCCAGUAUUCAACUACUGUUGGAAAAGAUUCAGUUGCAUCCCGAAGUACCUAAUCAUAACUCAUCCAAAGUAAUCAAUGUCAAUAUGAUUAUUCGAUCAGAAGCAAAUUAUCAAAUUAAUUUAGAACAAAAAAGAACAAAGUAUUAUAAAUCUUUAGUUAAAUUUAUGGAAUUAGAACGAGAAUUACAAAAUCAAUAA